AUGGAUGAAAAUAAUGUUACUUUCUUAAACAAUCUUGAUUGGAGAUCCAAGCUGUUUACCAUCAAGGUCAAGGUGUUAAGACUUUGGAUUCGUGUGAAUCCAAAGAGAGAAGGAGUAACCGUUGGUAUUGAAAUGGUGGUCAUGGAUGAGCUGGGGACCAGGAUGCAGGCUAUUGUUUGGAGCAAGUUUAUGAAAAAACAUGAAAUUUUGCUUAAUGAACAUGAGUGUUAUUACAUUUUUAAAUCUCAUCUUUCUGUCAUUAAGUCAAAUUUCAAACACUUUGAUAAGGAACAUGCUAUUAGCUUAAACUUUGAUACAUCGAUUAAAAAGUGUGAUAAUUUUGAUGGAAGUGUAUAUGGUAUUCGGUUAUCAUCGUUUGAGUCCAUUAAAGCCGGUGAAGUCGAUAUCAAGUAUCGAGUUGAUUUCAUUGGAUAUGUAGAUGAGUGGUCUGAACCAGAAGUGACCAAAACGAAGAUGGGAAAAGAUAGCAAAUACAUUAAGUUGCAAUUGCUGGAUGAAGAGGGAAUCAAGUUAAACUGCAAUUUAUGGGAUGAGUACUGCGAUGAGAUGUUUGGUUACAUUCAGAGCCAUAAAGAAGAUGUUCAUGUUGUUCUGCUUGUGCAGUUUGGUAGUUUCAACAAGUUUGUUGAGAAGAUAUGUAAAAUAUCCUCUAAUGGUCAGAAAUCUAUUGGUUCAUCUGGAAGCAUCAGUCUUGCGGAUGACUUUUUAUUCAAGCAUCCGUUUUCCAAUUUCCGUGAUAUUACGCUUUUGGAUAAGCCUUGUGAGGUCAUAGUUCAUGGUACGACCAUGGGUGUGGAUGAUAAAGAUGAUUGGUACUACCUUGGUUGUGAUGAGUGCAAGCGGAAGGUGGAGACAACAUUUGUUAUUGAGGAAGUUGAAGACGGUGCUGAGGAACCAAAGUGA